AUGAUUUGGGACUACUUUGACAAGCAGCUGAGAGUCAACAUCAAUUUCCGCAUCCAUCGACUUGAGCUUAUGAGAUACAGGCAACACCCUGAAGAGACAAUCGAUGAAUUUGUAACGCGUUGCAGAGACAAAAGCCGCCAGUGUGAUUUUUCUAAAGAGGAGCUCAAUGAACGCAUAGUAGAACUCGUGAUUGCAUCCACACAUUAUGAUGGCAUGCAGCGCGAGUUGUUGCAGAAACCGGCGGGCUAUGCCCUUACAGACGUGGUUAGCCUAGGCAGGCAAUAUGAAGCUAUUGCUGCUGGGAAACAGUGUCUGUCAAACCUCUCACCAGUGUCGAAUAUCGACGCAAUACGUAGGAACCCGCAGGGGCCAAACAAGGGAGGGCGACCGAGGACAAGUGAUUGCAAGCAAUGCGGUUUCUGUGGACUGCACCAUCCUCCCAGACAGUGCCCUGCAUAUCGUGAUACCUGCAAGCACUGUGGAAGAAGGGGGCAUUGGGCCAAGUGCUGCAGAUCAAAGUCGGAUAGGACUCCUGUCCCCUCCUGGAGGCGUAGAUCGAGACAAGAGAGAGUGGAUGCCAUGCCUGUAGAAGAGGGCCAAUUACUUGCGGACCACGGAGAGGAGGGCUUCUCCCAAAUGUUCAGCUCCAUAUUGAUUUCGAGCAUGGACACCACGGCAGGAGAAAGUACGGAAGCCUUCACAGUUCUGAGCAUCGCCUGUCCAUCCAAGGUUGGAAAACAUCGCCUGCAAGUAAAAGUAGAUACUGGGGCAGGUGGCAACACACUUCCCCUCCGUAUCAUACAUGAAAUGUACCCCAAGGGACAAUGGCGCUCUAUUGUGAGACCACGACAAGUACAGCUUACUGCGUACAAUGGAUCCAACAUCCCUUGCAUCGGUUCCAUUGAUCUCAUGUGCCUAUACAAAGACUCCACAUGGACCAGACAGGAGUUCUUUGUGGUUGAGGUAGCUGGACCUGCGAUCCUAGGCCUACCAGGCAGCAAGGCUCUCAGUGUCGUCACCAUCCAUACAGUGACGAAGGAUGACAAGCCGCUAGAAUACAUACAUGACCAGGUCCAAAGCAUUCAGACGGUUAAAGAUCUCGUGGAACGGUGGCCCCAACAGUUCGACCGGAUAGGUGAUUUCAAGGAACCGGCCAAUCUUCUGUUGAAGAAUGAUGCCACGCCGCACAUCGAUGCUCCCCGGAAGUGCAGCAUACACAUUAAGGACAAGCUAAAAGCAGAGCUCGAUAAGAUGGAGGACCAAGGAGUGAUCCGUAAGGUCACACAUCACACUGACUGGUGCAGUUCCAUCACAACAGCGAUCAAGAAAGAUGGAUCCAUUCGGGUAUGCCUAGACCCAAAGCGUUUGAAUAAGAAUCUCAAGCGAUGCCCCCACAAGAUCCAGACACUGGAAGAAGUUAACCCAGAGUUCGUAAACGGGAAGUAUUUCACCAAGCUGGAUGCCAAGUCAGGCUAUUGGUCCGUGCAUCUUAGUGAGGACUCGCAAGAACUGACCACGUUUCGCUCUCCAUUCGGCAGAUACUGUUUUCUGCGUCUACCCUUUGGGCUUUCCACAAGCCAGGAUGUCUUCCAACAAAGAAUGGAUAAUAUAAUAGGGCAAGUCCCGGGUUGUGUGUGCAUCGCAGAUGAUGUCGUCGUGAUGGGUAGUACAGAAGCAGAGCAUGACCGCAACCUAUGGAAACUGUUUGAGACAGCAGCAAAGGAGGGACUAGUGUUCAACAGCAGCAAAUGCGUGGUGAAAGCAAAAUCGAUCAAUUUCUUCGGAACGAUCUACUCGGAAGUUGGAAUUAGUCCAGAUCCCUGCAAAGUUGAAGACAUCCACGCAAUACCCACCCCACAGGACAAGGAGGAUCUCCAGAGGUUCCUGGGCAUGAUGAACUUCUUGUCUCCCUACAUCCCUAAGUAUGCAGAUCAGGUCGCUAUCUUGCGAGAUCUAUUAAAGAAAGGUGUUCCGUACCUGUGGCAAGAAGACCACCAGGAAGCGUACUGCCAACUAAGGAAAGCAGGUCAGCAAGACAGCUCGCUGAAGUACUAUGAUCCUGAGACACCUGUCACCCUUGAGGUAGACGCCUCAUCAAAAGGGUUGGGAGCAUGCCUAUUACAGCAAGGAAAGCCUGUGGCAUAUGCCUCAAAAAGUCUCUCGCCUUGCCAAGCUCAAUACUCCAAUAUUGAGAGGGAGACGCUGGGACUCGUCUUCGGGAUUACUAGAUUCCAUACUUACCUAUUUGGAAGAGACUUCAAGGUGCUGACUGACCACAAACCCCUUGUGACAAUAUGCGCCAAGCCACUCACGAGUGCCCCGCCCCGACUACAAAGGCUUCUCGUAAAGAUCCAAGGGUACAACUUCACCAUUGAACACCGCCCAGGAACAGAGAUGAUCAUUUCUGAUACGCUCAGCAGAUUGCCUAAUCCACUGCGCACAGAAGAUGUCCCACUUGAUGUCCAUGUAGAAGGGGUACUACUGGAUGAAGUUGAGGACACGUUGGGCAUUGAUUUGCUCCACUUUGGGAUCCUCAAGCAACAAGCUCUACAGAAAGAGACCACCCAAGAUCCUGUGCUGCAGAAAGUGAAAGAAUUCACUCACACUGGUUGGCCCGCAACCAUUCAGGAGCUGCCAAACGAAUUACGCCCUUACUGGCCGUUUCGUGAUGAACUAGGCAUGUCAAAUGGGGUUAUCUUCAAGGGCAGACAAGUGAUUGUGCCUCAAUCCAUGAGGACGGACAUUCUGCAGCAACUGCAUAGCGGGCAUCAAGGCAUCGAGAAGAUGAGGCUUCUUGCACGCCAGUCGGUUUACUGGCCAAACAUCAAUCGUAACAUUGAUGAGCUUGUCAGGAAAUGCAAACAGUGCCAAGAGCAUAUACCUCAGCAGAGAAGGGAACCACUUCUCCCUCAUGAAAUCCCCAUUACGCCAUGGACCAAAAUUGGUAUAGAUCUGUUUGAGUUGGACAGGGUACAAUACCUUAUAAUGGUCUAUUACCAUUCAAAAUUUCCAGUUGUCCACCGAUUGGCUUCGACGACCAGCGCAGGUGUGGCUAAUGCAAUAACUGGAAUAUUCAGCCUUCUGGGAUCUCCCACAGAGGUGAUGUCAGACAAUGGCCCACAGUUUGUUGGUGCAGCGUUUCAGCAGAUGUGCAAAGAAUGGGGAAUAACGCACACUACUUCCUCACCGCGAUACCCCCAGUCGAAUGGUCUGGUGGAGAGAAUGGUCCAAACAGUAAAAGGAAUCAUAAGAAAGACACAGGCAACAGGGGAAAGCUCAGCAGCUGCUCUACUGAAUCUGAGAAGCACUCCAAUAGACGCCCAUCUCCCCUCCCCAGCGAAAUGUUGUUUGGUCGGCAGGUCCGAACGCGACUCCCAGCUAACCUAG